AUGGGAGAGUUUUUCCUCGUCAAAGAAGAUCGAAAAGAGGUCGAAUUCAACAUUGUGUCACCUCCCAAAUUGGAAUUUGCCGAUGGCUGUGGAAAUAUCGCUUCAAAUUUUGAUCAUAAACUUCAAGAUCAAGACCAUCAACACCAACACGAGGAUGAUAAGAAAGAAGAAGAAUAUGAGAGUUCAGUUUCUUCCUGCAGUGAGCUAAAAAAGCCAUUGCUUGGACAUUCCGAUCUGCAGGUGGAAGAUGACGAUAAUGGGUUCAGAAUUCCAACAUCAUUGGUAGACGAUGACGAUAAUGGGUUCAGAACUCCAACAUCAUUGGAUUCGAAACUCCCAGUGAUCACAAAAUGCCCACCAGCUCCCAAGAAAAGUAAACCACAGACAUCAAAUAAAAGAAAAGCAUCGUCGCCGAUAGUUCGACGAAGUCUUCUGCUUGAUCUAUCCAAAGAGGUUGAAUCAAUGUUUCCUCCGAAGAUUCAACAAGAUUUAGGCCAGAAGAUCAAGAAAGCUAGAAGGGACAACACGGAAUAAUCUAGCUAGCAUUAAUGCUUGAUUGUAUGUGGGUAUUAAUUACUAUGAAUUAUGAAAUUUUAGAGAAAAAUUACGAUUCAGGAACUGUGUAUUGGUGCAUUAAUCGCAAAUCCUAC